AUGACCAUAAGGAUACAGCCAUUACCAGUCGAGGUAUCGGGCAAAGUUCAUCAGACCCCGAAACAGUGGCUUCAAAGACUUGAUCCCGAAUGGGUUCAAAUCUGGAAUGCACAUGGGGGACGCCACCGUCAAGCUGAAGAAGUACCAAUCGAAGAGGUCCGCCAAAAGCCUUUAGCAUACAGCCCUGCUGUAGCCAAGGAGAAAGAGGUUGAGAUACCCGUUACCCGACCAACUGGUUACAUCAAAGUUCGCGUGUACACACCGGAGGGAGAAGGGCCCUUUCCCGCACAUUUAAACUAUCAUGGAGGAGGAUGGGUUCUGGGUGGCCUCAAUAGUGAAGCUGCCUGGUGUAGAAGUGUUUGUAACAACACUGGUAUCGUGGUCGUCGACGUGGAUUACCGCCUCGCUCCAGAAUUCAUCUUUCCUACAGCCGUAUACGACUCUUGGGAUGCACUUCAAUGGGUCAUAUCUCAUGCUGCGGAUUUGAGCAUCGAUGCUACUAGGGUUUCGAUUGGCGGACUCUCAGCAGGUGGUCAGAUAUCAGCAGUCCUUUCGCAUAUGGCGCGCGAUGCAGGAUUACAACUCAAACUCGCAUUGUUGGUCGUACCGUCCACGGACUUCAGGUGGCUUAUCGCUGAAGAGCCCGUACGAUCAGCAGUUGCCAAGUUGUAUCCCAGUAUAGCACUUUACAAGAAUGCACCAUGGGGAGGCCUAAAAAGAGAGCAAUGGUUUUUGGAUUAUUGGAUUCCAAAGGUGCAUGAUGACGAAUUGAAUCGUGGCAAUGAUGCCAGUGUCAAUGGACCUGCCCCAGGUAUCGAAGCUGGCGCAUUACGGCGCGUACCUGAUCGCAUUCCGUGGGUUGUGUUGCUCAUUUUGAAUGUUGAGCUGGGCGAACGUUUUACCCAUUUUGGCUUGAGUGCGCCCAUCCAGAACUACAUCAAAAAUCCACAUAACCCACACUCGGACCUCCCCGGUGCCCUUGGCCGUGGUCAAGCUGUCGCCACAGCCCUAGGAAACUUUUUCAAAUUUUGGGCCUACGCGUCAACCGUCAUCGGCGCCAUUAUCGCAGACCAGUAUCUCGGCCGCUUCAAGACCAUCGCCCUCGCAUGCGGGAUCUACAUUAUCGGUCUCGUAAUUCUCGUUGCUACCUCUACGCCCGAGGGAAUCCACUCAGGCGCCGGUUUUGGCGGACUGAUUGCGGCCAUGGUCGUCAUUGGGUUGGGCACUGGCAGCAUCAAGGCGAAUGUUACACCCAUGUGCGCAGAGCAGUACAAACCCGAUACGGCGUAUACGAAACAGUUGGCCACUGGCGAAUGGGUUGUUGUGGAUCCCGAAUUGACUGUCGAACGCAUGUUCAAUUGGUUUUACUGGGCGGUCAAUGUCGGGGCGCUCUCGCCGCUGAUCACAGUCAAUGUCGAGGCUCAUGUAGGGUUUUGGGUUGCAUAUUUGAUUCCAUUGGUCGUCAUUGUCAUGGCUGCAACGGUCUUCAUCCUCAGUGGCCGGCUCUUCAUUCAAACACCGCCUCAUGGCUCGGCCGUUGUUGAUGCUGCCCGUAUAGUGGCCAUUGCCGUAAAGGAAGGCGGUUUCGAUAAGGCCAAGCCAAGCGCUUUGGAGGCUCAAGGCACUCUUUCGCGCUAUCACUUUGCAGAGUCCCCCAAUUAUACCGACAGGUCUGUCAAGGAAGUACAAUCGGGCAUCACUGCGUGCAAGUUCUUCCUCUUCCUUCCUUUGUACUUUGUCUGCUGGAUUCAGAUUUGGAACAAUCUCAUCUCGCAAGCGGGAGACAUGGCCCUACACGGUACGCCAAACGACCUCUCGCAAAACCUCGACCCGAUCGCUUUAAUCAUCUUUAUCCCGCUAUUAGAUUUCGUCAUAUACCCGCAGCUUCGGAAAUAUAAAAUAAACUUCAGUCCAGUUCUAAGGAUGACAGCUGGCUUCAUCAUGGCGUCAUUUGCCAUGGCGUACGCAAGUGUACUCCAACAUUACAUUUACAAGUCGCCGCCGAACAGCAUCCACGUAUGGAUCCAAGCUCCGGCUUACAUUCUCGUCGCCUUUUCUGAAGCCUUUGUCAUCAUUACCGGUUUGGAAUUGGCGUAUACGAAGGCACCCUCAAGUCUGCGCUCUCUUGUCUCCGCCUUGUUUUGGCUGACCAUUGGCAUCGCUGCCGCCAUCUGCAUUGCCCUCGCACCCGUAUCGCAGGACCCAUAUCUCGUAUGGAUGUAUGGCUCUCUUUCCAUCGUUGGCUUCGUUGCAGGAUGUGCCUUGUAUAUUUGCUUUCGAAACUCGUUCGAGGAGGUGUCGGUCAUUAUAGGCACUGAAGCGGAAAAUGAGGUCGAUGUGCGCAUGAUCAUCAAGCAUGCCGAGAAAUUUGCCAUCGAGGAAGGCCACAAGCGUGCCGAAUAG